ACGACUAUUACCACAGAAAAGUUUGAACAAUAGCACCUAAGAUCACAAUAUCAUAUUAUAUAUAUUUUAUACAAUUAUACAAAAUGUAUUGAAAACUUUACUGUAGAUUAUAGUUUGUACUCUAUAUUAUUAACAAAUAUCAAUUUAAAAACAUUUCAUUUUAAUAAUUAUUGUUAUGUAUUCAAUAAAUAUAUUCCGACAAACAUCUUUAGUACGCUUGUCAACUAAACGAUGUCCAAUACAGUUGACUAAAUGCAAAUCCUCUGAUUCCAAAGAGGAUUUAAAGGAAAAAAUUAAAAUGAAAACACCAAUUGGAAAAUUAGAUGAACUCGAAGCUGGUAAGCAUCCAUUUCAAGAAAAGGAUCCUUUGAAAGAAUGGCCUGAAGGUCGUAAUCCAGCAACUGGAGAGCAAAACGGCCCAAAAGGACCCGAACCAACCAGAUAUGGUGAUUGGGAACGAAAAGGAAGAGUGACAGAUUUUUAAAUACAACACACAUAUAUAUAUAAAUCAUUUGUUUAUAAUUAAAUAUCUAUAGUAGGUAAAUUGUAAAUUAUAUAUUUUAAGAUAAUAGUAAAAAAAAAAAAAACUAGCGUUUUGUUU